GGGGUUGGUCCUGGAGAGCAUGGCUGCAGGAGACCGAGCGCCGCAGUCUCGGCUUUGCUUCCUCCACAUUGACAUCGGCGCUUCUCGUGCGCUCCCGGUGAUGUUGCGGAGCCGCUCGUCGGGGUGACGCUCAGCCCGGAGACUGUGCGCGUUUACGCAGCGAGGUUCUUCUUCUUCUUCUUCCUCCUCCUCUUCUUCUUUUCCUGCCCGUGUGCGUCUGUGGUUUUCGGCGGAGGGGCAGAAGCGCUCGCGCGGCUGCGGGUUCAGCUGGAGCCGAAGAAGCUGCUGGUUUGGAAGCCGCACCGAACGAGGAGAGAGACGGAUCCGCGCGGACUGCAUUUCUGUUUAUCUGUUGUGUUACAUUCAUUCGCUUGUUUUUUUUUUAAUAUCCCCCCCCCACACACACACUGCGCACCUCCUCUCCGGGAAAUCAGAGGCGAGUUGCAGAAACAGUUUUGCAGCGCGCAGCGGAGUUGCGGAAGAUUGUUGGGACAGAAAUACUGUGGCUUUUUGAAGUCGUUUUCGAGUGAAGGGUUUGGUGCAAAGUCAUCGAUCUGACUGGCGUCAAGCGUUUUUGUUGUUGUUGUUAAAGCAGAGAAAGACAUUUCGUUUGGUUCCGAACACCGAGCAGGAAGCGGCACCUGUAAAGCGGACUCUCCGCGCAACAUUUCCCCGUCACAUCGGCACCGGGACCGGAAUCAAUUUUGGCACCGUCGGAGACGCGGAGCCACGAUGCCGCAAGUGGAAAUGAUCCUGUUCCUGGUCCUCGUCGUAGUGGUGUGUGUUUACUGCCAGGACCCGGCUUCCAAGGUGGUGUCCGACCGCUACGCCGUCUACUGGAACCGGACCAACCCCAAGUUCUACCGGGGCGAUUACCACAUCGACGUCUGCAUCAACGACUACCUCGACGUCUACUGUCCGCACUACGCCGGGCCGGUCUCUGACGACCGGGCCGAGCGCUACAUCCUCUACAUGGUGAACUACGACGGCUACAGCUCCUGUGACCACACCGCCAAGGGUUUCAAGCGCUGGGAGUGCAACAGGCCUCUGUCGCCCAACGGGCCGCUCAAGUUCUCCGAGAAGUUCCAGCUCUUCACCCCCUUCUCCUUGGGCUUUGAGUUUCGCCCUGGCAGAGAGUAUUACUACAUCUCCUCCAUCACGGACGACAAGGGGAGAAGGAGCUGCCUGCGUCUCAAAGUCUUCGUCAGGCCACAGAACAAUUGUGUGAAAAGCCCUGGCACCGCGCAGGAAGGGGUCGAUUUUGACGACAGCAGUCAGAACUCCCUGGAACCAAGAGACGGCAUCGGUCACGAGUCACCAGAGCCGGCUCGCAGGGACGUGAACUCGGCGGCUCGGCGCCACACUUCAGCGCCCCUGCUCAGCUCAGCCCUCAUCCUCCUGGCUGCCAUCCUGUCUUUAUAGCGCCCAGUCUGAGGAAUCCUUCAGGAAUGGACUGUCCUGAUUGGACCCCCACCCACCUCGUCCCCCCCCACCCCCCCCCCCCCCUUUACCCUUUACCCCUCCCCUCAAGGAGCACUUUUUGAAAUAAUAAUGAUUAAACAAAAAAAGAAACCACGAGACAAUCUCUCGAGCUGAAAUGAGAGAGAGAGAGGAAGGGACCUGGACCCUGAAGCCUUUGUCGUUCGUUGACUUGACCACUAGAGCGACUCUCGACUCGACCGACGGGCGCCGGCGGUCGAGGCGCCACCCCCCCCCCCCCCCCCCCCCCUCCGCCCUGAGGAGAAGGAGGCGCAGUCUGUCCCGCGUUGGCCUCGCUGCCGUAUGCCGACAAGCACACGUCCACGCUAUCAAACCUAUACACGCACGCAGAACACGGGCUGCACAGCCGGCGAGCACAGCGGGGUCCCUCAGAAGUUUACAGACGUUUAUCCUUCUUUUUUUUAUUUUUUCUUUCACCUAACCCCCCGACAUGCAACACGAUUACAAUCAAGUAAAUCACAUAAAGCCCAUGUUCGGACAAAGAUCCCGGGAGUGACGCAUUGGCGUACGGGCCAACGGAGAGAAAAACCAGACGGAUGGUGUCGCUAAGCCUCUGAUGACUUAACCUUCCUCUCAGGUUGAAAAGGAGUCGGAUGUUGAGAGUAAAGAAAUUGUAAGAAGCACUCGUCUUUUAGUGUUUGAAUAGGGCCGAAUUAAAGAUUGAUUAAUGUGUUUGUUUUGGGUUUUUUAACAUAUCACCUAAUUCAAUUGUAGCAGCCAACACGAGUGUGUAGUAAAAUAUUUGAAGUGGAUACGGUAUUUUGCCAGGCAAAAUGUAUUUUCCUAUUUAUUGUGAAGUCCUCGUGCUUGUUUUCUGAUCUGGUUUAGUCUGUAAGUACAGUAGAAAGGCAAUAAAAGAACAACAACUACACUUAAUCAUUAAGUUAGUCCAUAUUACACCCUUGUUUUUUAUACUACCAUAAAAAAAAGACACUGAGAACGGUCUAUGUAUCGGUUUGGAUUGAUUGCUGAUAUGUUCUUUUAUUGUUUUUUAACAAAGUUCAGAAAGAAAAGUAAGUCUGAUGUGCCAUCAGGGUGUAGUGAUCGUAGAAUACUUCUGUUUCGAUUAUGUCAUUAAAAUGCCACAAAUGUAGUUUUACUCUUUACACUAUUGCUUUUGUGAAUCACUGUUAUAACACAUAACUAUUGUAUAUAGAGACAAAUUUCCUACAACCUUCAGGGAUGAGUCCAUGCCUAACAUGAGGUCUUCUUUUU